AUGUUCCGUUUCGAUAUAAUUUCUUUAAGUCUAGUAUUUUUGUCGGCUGUUCAAAUUAAUGAUAGACCUGUAAGGGCCCAAUCAGUAGAAGUUCAACUCCCUCCAGGACAAGAGUGUCAAAUGACACCUGUUAUUCAUAUCCUUAAGCACCCUGGAUGUAUUCCUAAAGCGAUACCGUCCUUCGCUUGUAUUGGCAAGUGCUCGAGUUAUGUACAGGUAUCUGGAAGCAAAAUCUGGCAAAUGGAACGCACGUGUAAUUGUUGUCAAGAAUCUGGUGAACGAGAGGCCACCGUUGUUUUGUUGUGCCCUAAGGCAAAGAGCGACGACAGGAAAUUAAGAAAGAUCACAACAAAAGCUCCUUUGGAAUGUAUGUGCCGUCCAUGCGGUAGCAUCGAUGAAAGUUCCAUAAUUCCUCAAGAAGUUGCUGGAUACGCUGAAGAAGGCCCUUUGUACAAUCACUUUAGAAAAUCCUUUUAA